AUGGAGGAAUGCAAAUCUGUUAGCACACCAAUGAAUCAUAAUGAGAAGUUUAGCAAGGAUGAUGGUGCUGAAAAAAUUGAUGAAGGAUAUUACAGAAGCUUGAUUGGAUGUCUAAUGUAUCUCACUACAACAAGGCCGAACAUUCUAUUUGCAGUAAGUCUCUUGUCUCGUUUUAUGCACUGUCCAAGUGAAAUUCAUUUGCAAGCAGCAAAAAGAAUAUUGAGAUAUGUUAAAGGCACUAUUGGUUAUGGAGUCAAAUUUGAUAAAUGUCAAGAAUUCAAGUUGUAUGGAUUCUUUGAUACUGAUUGGGCUAGAUCCAUUGAUGAUAUGAAGAGCACUUCAGGAUACUGUUUCAGCCUAGGCUCAGGAGUAUUCUCAUGGUGCACAAAGAAACAAGAGAUUGUAGCACAAUCCACCGCUGAGGCUGAAUUUAUAGCAGCAAUAGCCACUGUAAAUCAAGCUUUAUGGUUGAAGAAGGUUUUAUGUGAUUUAUCUUUGCAGCGGAAGAACAAAACAAAAAUUUUUGUUGACAACCAGGCUGCAAUUGCUAUUGCAAACAAUCCAGUAUGUCACGGGAAGACUAAACAUUUCAACAUCAAGCUCUAUUUUUUGAGAGAGAUGCAGCAAAGUGGAGAAGUAAACUUAGUUUAA